GCGCAGCUAAUUCAGGGAGUUUUGGAGAGAAGCGGGAUGGAGGACUGUUUUUGUCCUCUCGUGAUUUACCGAAAAGUUUACAACCAUCAUGAGUGAUUUCAAACUUUUACCUUCACUCAGAGUCAAUCGGAUUACGGUACGCACGCCAUGGUAGCGUCGCUUUAACGGAAAUAUGGUUUCGAUAAGGAUAAAAAGUUAAAACUUUUUUCCUCUUCUCCGGAUCGCGCACAAUGGAGUGGAGACGCUCGUGGCCUGUGUUCUGCCUCGCGCUCUCCCUCACCAUGCGCCUCUCAAGCGCGUCCGGUGAGCUCCGCUAUUCGGCACCGGAGGAGCAGAAACCGGGGUCCGUCGUUGGGAAUAUCGCGAGGGAUUUGGGUCUCAGCGCUCAGAGGAUUACGGACAGAAACCUACAGGUCGUGUCGGAAGCUAACGCGCAAUAUUUCGAGGUGAAUCCAUCUAACGGUGCCUUAGUAAUUAGAGAGACUGUUGAUAGGGAGCGCAUAUGCGCAUUGACUUCGACAUGUUCGUUGCACCUUCAAAUCCUCCUUCAAAACCCGCUGGAAAUACACAGAGUUCUUGUUCAAAUUGAGGAUGUGAACGACAACGCGCCGCAGUUUCCAAACGCGAAUUCGUCGCUGGAGAUAUCCGAGGCGGCCGCUCCCGGAACGAGGUUCCGCCUGGAGAGCGCGCACGAUCCCGAUGUGGGAAUUAACUCGUUGCGCACCUACAGCCUCUCCACGAGCGACUAUUUUAUUUUAAACGUUGUAACGAAAAGCGACGGCAGUAAAUUUCCAGAGCUCGUUUUAGAAAAGCCUAUGGACCGUGAAACGCAGGCCGCGUUCCGUCUUUUGCUCACGGCCGUGGACGGGGGACAACCGGAGAAAUCCGGGACCACCCUUCUGCUUAUUAAAAUUCUGGACGUGAAUGACAAUGCGCCAGUGUUUGACGAGCCGGUGAAAAGGGUUAGUCUUUUGGAAAACUCUCUUCCAGGAACACUUGUGGCACAACUGAACGCCACUGAUGUAGACUCUGGGAUUAAUGGUAAAAUAUCUUACCUAUUCAGUAAAUAUAGUCCAGAAAGAAUACUUAAAAUUUUCAGUGUGGAUUCUAAAACGGGGGAAAUCCGUGUUGUGGGAGAUGUGGACUAUGAGGAAGCCAGUGUGUAUGACAUAACAGUCCAGGCCAGGGAUGGUGGCUCUCCCUCCAUGGAGGGGUCAUGCAACAUUAAAGUGGAAAUAAUCGAUGUGAAUGAUAACACUCCAGAGGUGACAUUAACCUCUCUCACCAGCCCUAUCCGGGAGGAUGCUGAAACCGGCACUGUUAUCGCCUUGAUCAGUGCAAAAGACUUAGAUUCGGAGGACAAUGGUAAAGUGACACUUCGAGUAUCUCAUGGGCUUCCAUUUAAACUAAAAUCAGCCUUUGGUGAACACUACACACUUGUAACCGAAGGACGACUAGACAGAGAAGCGGUGGAUGAAUACACCAUUGUUGUCACGGCAACUGACUCCGGCUCACCUCCACUAUCCUCUCAGAAGAUGUUUGCGGUCCGUCUCUUGGACGUCAACGACAAUGCUCCAGUGUUCUCGCAGUCUUCAUACUCUGUGGAUGUAGCUGAGAAUAACGCACCUGGAACGCCAGUAGUGGCCGUCACGGCGUCAGACCCAGACGUCGGCGAUAACGCACGUCUUUCGUACUCCAUUUUACCGACCACCAUCCAUGGCAGCCCUGUAUCCUCGUACGUCUACAUAAACCCUGAGAAUGGGAAUAUAUUCACCAUGCGCACUCUGGAUUACGAGCAAAUGAACACGUUCAAGAUAGAGGUGCAGGUUCGCGAUGCUGGAACGCCGCCGCAAACAUCUAACGUCACAGUCCACGUUUUCGUGAUCGACCAAAACGACAACCCACCCGUCAUCCUUUACCCCACCCACUCCGAAGACUCAGGGCUUCAACUAACCGUACCCCACUCUGCCCCCGUCGGGCAUCGUGUGAAUAAAAUUGUCGCCGUCGACCCCGACAGCGGCCACAAUGCCUGGCUGUUCUACACCAUCCCACCAGGGGACGAUUCGUUGCUGUUUCACAUCGACGUCCACACGGGCGAGCUUUGCAUUGCACAGAAACUCAUGGACGAUGAAUCUGGCGACAAAACUAGCCCAGCCUACAAUUUCAUAGUGGUGAUACGGGACAAUGGCGAGCCGCCUAUGUCCACUAGUGUUUCAGUUACGGUUACUGUAGAAGAGAAAAGUGCAGACAAAUCCACAGACUUCCGAACGACAACGUUCUCGCACAAGGUGACAGGAAUAACAGAUGUUACCCUGUACCUCAUCAUCUCCCUGGGAUGUGUAACUCUGGUGUCUCUGCUGACCAUGGCGGUGCUCUUGGUACGUUGCAUUAGACAUAAAGGUGGUUCGGCAUGCUGCUACUCCAGAACAGGCUUCCGUUCCAGGCAUGCCUACCAACAUAGAACCCAUAAGGAUCUUCAUCUCCAACUUAACACUGAUGGACCCAUUAGAUAUAUGGAGGUGGUUGGAGGCCCUCAGGAACCCAACACACGGACCUACAGGCCUUGCUACUCCACUCUUUCCAGCAGGAGUGACUUUGUGUUUGUCAAAACUCCCAUGUUGAGUCAUAACAACACACUAAACAUGACUUUGACUAGGAAGCACUUUAUGAACUCAGCCAAUGAGCAGAAACCGCCCAGCGCAGACUGGCGUUUCACCCAGAACCAGAGGCCUGGACCCAGCGGGGCUGCUGCCACUCCUGAGGUUGCCGUGGGAACAAGACCCUGGCCCAACCCCCCCACUGAGGCCGAGCAACUCCAGGCGCUGAUGGCCGCUGCUAAUGAGGUGAGUGAGGCGACCAACACUCUGCAACCGGGCACUAUGGGUCUGAGCACCCGCUACAGCCCGCAAUUCACCCUGCAGCAUGUCCCUGAUUACCGGCAGAACGUCUACAUCCCUGGCAGCACCGCAACCCUUACCUCCAACCCGCAACAGCCCCAACAGGCCCUGCCACCGCCACAGGCCUCCGCCACCCAAGCCGAGCCACCAAAAGCCGCCCAGACACCCGCCAGCAAGAAGAAAUCCACCAAGAAGGAGAAGAAGUAGAGAGGAUGAGAAGAUAAGAAUUAGGGAAUUAAGUUAGGGAGGUUAACUCUAUCCUGUGGUGUCUCGAGGUUUGCUGGAAAUCUGUAACACAUUAAAUUAGACUAUUAAAAGAAACAUAUUAGGGUAAAAAGACAGUAUGUCGAAGUAAACACACCUCUAAGAUCUAACCUUUGGUUUCUCUAGUGAUUUUUGAGUGUUUUACCCUGGGUAACACACGUGUUUACUGCACAAGUACUGUAAAAAUUAUUUUCACCUAGAUGUUCCGAUUCAUUUCAACUUCCUGAAUCUUGCAGAAUGAAAAGGUUUCCAUUUUUGUUUUCAUAUUUCCAUUCUCACUUUUGACAAGUUUAUGCAACACUAUAUUCCUGCGUAUAUCUAGCCAAUUAUGUAUUUAACAGUACUUUACCGUAAUCAUGUUAAACCGUUCCAUUACACCUGGACUUAGAGCAGAAAUGUGUUAUGUUGUUUUUAUUGUUUAUACAAAGACACAAUGACCAUGCAUUUCUUGAUGUGCCCAAUAUGCUGUUGCAAGUGUAUCAUUAUUACUUUCUUCUUACCUUUUUUUUAAUUUUAUUUUUUUAUUAACGAAGAAAUUUUGUUUCUUAAGAUUGUUGUUACCUAAAAUACCACUAUGGAUUAUUUUAUGAGAAGUGUUGCCAUAGAAGUCAGGUGAUUUUAGCUGCAUGCUGAUUUUUUGCGCUAUAGAUAUUCUACACGUCACCUGACGCCUACAAACGCCCAUCUAAGAACUUCUCAUGGAUGUGACCUUUCAAGAUAACCUGUUGUAUUUUUUUAAGAAUGGAUUCUGAGCCAGAGUUUGGUUGUUUUCUUCAACGUUACUGAAUGUUUUCUUGGAACAUUAGUGACUCUUCUUGUCCGAGUCCGAGUAAUGGAAGAGUCGAGAAACCAGUUUCAUGUAAGUCCACAGUGGUGGCCGUAUCGUCUGUAGUAUUCAGUAUUUUCUGGUUAUCCUGAAGUGUUGAAGCUCUCUUUAUCGGUGCUGGUUGUAAUAAGAUGUAUGAUACUCAUUAUGGGUAUCUUCUAUUUUGAAAAAUGCUGAAAUAUUUCUUAAGCUGUCCGUCCGUGAUGAAGUCUCCCUGUAAUAACAAUUCAGAUCCACAGAGCUAUACUGUAGACAAAACAUCUGUUCCAAAAUCUGGUGAGCUGCCUACCUAGGCAGCAUUUUAUGUUAUCAUAGGCAUGCUCCUGAUGCUGUUCCAAAAGGUAGGUAUGUGUAAUUAAAAAUGAUGCUGUCUGUAAGACAUCGUCUUUUGUCCGAAUUCAAGAGUCAAGAGAAAUGUUAAUCACAAGUAUCCACCUAACAAGGAUGCUGCCUUAGUAGACAGCAAGGCAGCUCACUCGGUAUUGGAACAAAGCCAUUCUACUGUUCAGAGGGAGAAAUGUGAGUCAAAAGUUAGAACAAUCUUACACUCACUGAAUGUACAGAAAUUACAUAUUAACAGUUAGUACAAACCGAUCAAUUAAGACCAGAUACCACUUUGGAAAGGAGGUGAAAGUACUUACAGAUAAUCCAUUUAAAUAUAAAUUUGCAUCCAUGUUUGGACCCUUGGCAUGACUAUCCUUUGUAAAUAGCAAUCAGCCCUUAAAAACAGCUCAUAGGUAUGGCUUACUACUGGAAUGUUACAUUAUUAGUUUUUUUCAGAAAAAAAAGUUCAAAAAUUAACAAGAAAAAAAAUACACUUUUCAAACACUCUGUGUUACCAAUGCAGUUCUUUAGUACUAUGAAGGUCAACUAACGCACUUGUAAAUAAACCGUUUAACUUUUACUUAGGAAAAUAGUGACACACUCUUAGUCUAGAAGUUGUGAUGUUAUGCAUAUAUUUUUGUGUUCAUACUUUCUCUUCUUUUCUUGUCUGACUUCUUUCCAUGAAAAGACAACAUAAUUUUGUGAAUCUCUGUUGUGCUUACAUGUGCAAAUGCUUAAUGUCUAUAUGAAGAAUCUGAAUAGAUCUAUUAUAUCUGUGUGUUCUGAUACUGUAAUCCUGCUGUAACAUCACUUAAAACGCUGCGAUUCCUGCCUCCUGUGUGCUCCCCUUAUUUUAUAUGCUAAUAUUUAUAUUGCCCUUUUUGUUUUCUUUCUCUUUCUUUCUCUUGAACACUGACAUUUCAAAUAAAAAGUUCUCAAACCAUUAA